CCAGACAGCAUCUUUGCUCCACUGUCAGACAUGGACCACAUGAUGUCACACUCUUCUGAUCACAGUGACCACAUCCAAAAACCUUUGGAGAGUAAAAAUGACUCUAAAGGUGAUACGAGACAUCACACUAACAACAAACACUUUGACUGCUCUGAAUGUGGGAAAUUAUUUAGAAAGAAGAGUCAUUUUACACAACACAUGAGAACACAUACUGGAGAGAAACCUUUUACUUGCGCUGUUUGUAAGAAGAGUUUCUCCAGAAAGGAACAAAUGACCAUACACAUGAGAACACACACUGGAGAGAAACCUUUUACUUGCUCUGUUUGUGCUAAAAGAUUCAACACUAAGAAUGACAUGAUAUUACACAUGAGAACUCACACAGGUGAGAAACCUUUUACUUGCUCUGUUUGUAAGAAGAGUUUCUCCACAAAGCGUAACAUGACCAGACACAUGAGAGCACACAAUGGAGAGAAACCUUUUGCUUGCUCAGCUUGUGCUAAAAGAUUCAACUUUAAGAGGACAAUUAUAUUACACAUGAGAACACACACAGGUGAGACACCUUUUACUUGCUCUGUUUGUAAGAAGAGUUUCUCCAGAAAGGGUGACAUGACCACACACUUGAGAACACACACUGGAGAGAAACCUUUUGCUUGCUCAGCUUGUGCUAAAAGAUUCAACACUAGGAAGAAAAUUAAAUUACACAUGAGAACACACACUGGAGAGAAACCUUUUACUUGCUCUGUUUGUAAGAAGAGUUUCUCCAGAAAGGAACACAUGACCACACACAUGAGAAUACACACUGGAGAGAAACCUUUUACUUGCUCUGUUUGUAAGAAGAGUUUCUCCAGAAAGCAAAUCAUGACCACACACAUGAGAACACACACUGGAGAGAAACCUUUUGCUUGCUCAGCUUGUGCUAAAAGAUUCAACACUAAGAAGAAAAUUAUAUUACACAUGAGAACACACACUGGUGAGAAACCUUUUGCUUGAUUAGUGUUAAAAUAAUUAUGUA